CAAAAUCAACAAGUUUGAAAAGAUGUUUUCUUUAAAGUGUUCAAAAUUCUGUCCAAGAUGAGCAUGGAGGGAAUAAUUGUGAAUAUACUUCUAUUUGUAAGAUCUACUGUAAGUGCAAAUAAAGAUGCCAGGGCAAAGAAUACAGAAAAAAUGUAAAAUGAUUAAAUGCGCUACUGAACUGUGUCAUAAAUAUUUUUGUGUAUGGGACUGUAUAUAUGUGAAGUGUUAGUUUGUUGUUUUUGUGGAAGCAGUACCCACAAUAGAAUUCCAAAUAGAAUACGGAAUUAUAGAAUCGUCUCGUCACCAUAGUUUCCGGAAUAUGAUGUCACUUUGGUAAAGGUGAGGUUAAAUCCUUACACACCAACGCUUCAUUUAUUCUGUGUUGAGACAAGACACACAAGGGAGCGAAAAUGAGGUUUUGCUUUUUCAGUUCUGUGGAUAGUGUUGAUAGCGAUGGAAAUGAAAUUAAUAACCCCAACAAAGAGGAAAAGAAGGGGAAGAAAUUCAGCUGGUGGAAGAAAAAGAAGUCAUCUAAAACAGACGAAGAAGGUAAUGAUGAUCUCCCUUGGAUAAAGGAGAACAUCUCCAGAGUUGGAAAUGAAAUUAAUAACCUCAACAAAGAGGAAAAGAAGGGGAAAAAAGUCAGCUGGUGGAAGAAAAAGAAGUCAUCUAAAACAGAGGAAGCAGGAGAUGAUGAUCUCCCUUGGAUAAAGGAAAACAUCUCCAAAGCUGGAAAUGAAAUUAAUAACCCCAACAAAGAGGAAAAGAAGGGGAAGAAAUUGAGCUGGUGGAAGAAAAAGAAGUCAUCUAAAACAGAGGAAGAAGAGGGAUCCAUGGUGAAGGUGGAUGGAGAAGUUGUUCUUGAAGCCGUUAUGGAGAUCCUCAAUGUGGUCCACCAAAUUAUCGACCUCCCUCAGGGAGCAGUGCCUGUGGAAGUGGAAGCUGGAGCUUCUGGGACAGUAAGCUGGAACGUGAAGCCUCAGAAACUACUGGGGGGCACCAAGGAGCAGACGCCUGGUCGAUCGAAUAGUGAACUCAUGUCUGUUUUCCAACAGAGGACAAAUGCUUACUGGAUCGUGUUUUCAUGAGCACAAAAAGUGUACAAGGCUACUCACUCACAACUGUGGAUCCCAUAGGCGUAAGAGCCCCACACAUUUCAAAAUGUAGGUUUUGUCCCUCCCCCAAAUACACACUUUUUCCUUUUCUAACAAAAAAUAGUCUAUACAUGAAUGUGUUUGAUGAACAGAUAAAAAGAAAGAAUAGCUUCUAGCGCCAGGAUUGCGAAAACGCCAAACAGAUAUCCCAUUGGUGUAGAGAAAUAAUUUAAUGGUAUGUGUUGAUUUAGAUUUAGAUGGUAGUUCUGACAGAACUGCGGUCUAAAGAGGAGGACAUUACACAGUUCAUAUCUCCUCCUAACAUCAAAUAAUGUGUGUCAAGAUUUGGUAGUCUAAAGAUGACGUUUGUAAAAAAAAAAAAAAAAAAAAAAAAAACAUGCUAUCAUCAUAAUUUGGUGCAUACACAUUAGUCAGUACUACUGAUAUAUCACACAGUUUACCUACUACUAUGACAAACUGACCCCCGGGAUCUGCCUCAACCAUUGAAGCCUUGAAUGGGGUAUUUUUAUCAGUAAGAAUUGCCAUAGCCCUAGAUUUAGAAUUAAAAUUAGAGUGAUAUAACUGACCUAGCCACUCGCUGUUCCAUCUAAAAUGGUCUGUUUUACAGAAAUGGGUUUUAUGUUGGAAGGUGAUCCCCACUUUAAGUUGUUUCAAAUGGAAAAGUUCAAUUCAGUUCAAUUCAAUUUUAUUUGUAUAGCGCUUUUUACAAUAGACAUUGUCUCAAAGCAGCUUUACAGAAAUAGAAAAGUACUUUUCUACGUUUGACAGGGUGAUUUAAGGACUUGACAUUCCAAGUAACAAAAUAUAUAUUGCAGCCUGCUGACCUACUUGCUGUAUGAAUCUUUUUUUUUUUAAAUGAUAAAUUAGACAACAAAAACAGUCACAGUCACACAUUUAAGUGAUAUGGUGAAAUCUCAGUGUAGCAAGCACUAACCCCCCACCACCCCCAUGCUCCUACGCCCCUGGUAGUCCCAGAAUGCAUUUUGUGAUAUGCUGGUUUGAAAAACUGUUAAACAUUUUUCUUUAAAGACAAAAAACUUUAUUAUUAUCUGUAGAUAAUGUAUAUUUUUGCCAUACAAGUCCAUAUUUACACCAAUCAGCCAUAACAUUAAAACCAUUGACAGGUGAAGUGAAUAACAUUGAUUAUCUCAUUACAAUGGCACCUGUCAAGGGGUGGGAUAUAUUAGGCAGCAAGUGAACAGUGAGUCCUUGAAGUUGAUGUGUUGGAAGCAGGAAAAAUGGGCAAGCAUAGGGAUCUGAGUUAAUUUAACGAGGGUAAAAUUGUGAUUGCUAGACAAGCAGGUCAGAGCAUCUCCACGGGUCUUGUGGGGUGUUCCCGCUAUGCCUACCAACAACGGUCCACUGAAGGACAACCGGUGAACCUGGCGACAUGGUCAUGGUUGCCCGAGGCUCAGUGAUGCACGUGGGAACGGAAGGCUAGCCUGUCUGGUCCGAUCCCACAGAAGAACUACACUAACACAAAUUACUGAUAUGAUGGAAAGGUGUCAGAACACACUGCAAAAAAUUGUUCAGGAGCAGUUUGAGGAACAUGACUUCAAGAGUUCAAGGUGUUGACUUGGCCUCCAAACUCCCCAGAUCUCAGACUUAAUAACAAUGUUGUUAUUAGUAUUAUUAUUGCUGUUAUUGUGUACCGUGUUUUUGUUUUUUUCUUUAAGGAAGAAUAUUUUUUCUAAAUUGUUUUAAAUCUUAAAAUGUAUUCUUUGCUUCAUUGUAUAUUAAAUCAAAAUGUUCAAACAUGA